UCAUAUUUUCUUAUAGUUAUAACAUAUAAUAAGAAAACAAAAAUGAAGAUAUUAUCCUUGACAUACACUCAAAUAUUUCUUCAAGCCUCAUUUUUAGCUCUAAUAUUGUUAUCCUACAUUCCUCCGUUCUCUAUUUUCUCCGUGUUUUUUCCUUUAAUUUUAUUCUACGCUAUUUACUACUUUUUCUUUAAGCCGUACCCCAUCCUUCUCCUCGAUUAUUCUUGUUAUAAACCUCCCGUGGAACGGAAGUGUAAUUUUGAUGUAGCCGAGUAUUUUGUGAAAAAAACUAAUUGUUUUUCCGAUAAGAGUUUUGAGUUUAUGCGUUCUAUUUACAUGAAGUCGGGUUUAGGAGAGGAGACUUAUGGCCCUCCUUUUAUGUUUCAAGGGCUUAAUAAGGGGACCUUAGACUCUGCAUUGUUAGAGGCUAAGGAGGGUAUGUUCUCGGCCGUCGAUAUUCUUUUAUCGACGACCGGGAUUGAUCCUUGUAAGGAUAUUGACAUUGUUAUUGUUACUUGUGGUAGUUUUUCACCCGAACCUUCUUUGACCUCGUUAUUGAUUAAUCAUUAUAAUAUGGACCCUACUGUAAAAGAAUACAAUCUUAGUGGGAUGGGGUGUGGGAGUGGGAUUCUUUCUAUCGAUAUGGCUGCCCAUAUUUUAAGAGGCACGGGGCAAAAUGUCAAAAAUGCCCUUGUCGUAGUCACGGAAAAUAUUGGUCUUAAUUGGUAUUAUGGGGAGGAUAGGUCAAUGUUGGUGACUAAUUGCAUUUUUCGAGUUGGCUGCGCGGCGGCGAUAGUUACAAACGAUCCAAAUCGCCGCCGCAACGCCAAGUUCCUACUCGAUCACUCGCUUCGGACCCACCACGGGGCCGACGAUAGCUCCUACAAGGCAGCAUUCCAAGAGGAAGACACAAAGGGCAACACGGGAGUUUCACUCACCAAAGAUUUAAUUCGAGUGGCGGGUCAAAACUUACGGGCCCACUUAACCACCCUUGCACCAAGAGUCCUCCCAGUAAGUCAACUCGUUCAGUACGUGAAAUCGGUGGCACUCUCGGUGUUGACUCAAGGCGAGUCAAAACCAAUAGUGCCCGACUUCACAACCGCAUUCGAUCACAUUUGCAUCCACACGGGCGGCAAGGCGGUAAUUGAGCAAGUAGGGAAGGUAUUAAAGUUACCCAACGUGGUGACUGAGCCGGCGAGGAUGACCCUACAUCGGUUUGGGAACACGUCGAGUAGCCUAGUGUUUUACGAGUUGGCUUAUUUUGAGGCCAAGAAAAGGAUCAAAAGAGGGGAUAAAGUUUGGAUGAUUGCAUUUGGGACAGGAUUUAAAGUUGGAAGUUUGGUAUGGAAAGCGUUACAAGAUUCAAAUUAUGAUCACAACAAUCCUUGGUACGAUUGUUUUGAUAGGUACCCACUUAAGUCAUGGUAAAUGGGGAGUAAUUAUAAUUAUAUAUUUAUAUACGAUCAAAUAUACGACAUUGUGUCGAUUUGUUAUUAGUUUAAUUUCACAAUUAAAAUUAAAGUUGGGGUUACUAUUAUAGUGUAAGUUUGGGUUCAUAUAUAGUAAUAUAAUACGUAGGCUGUUUAAUACUCGUAAGCUGAAAUAUAGAUAUACUCUUAAUCUUUAUUACAGAUAUAUUUAAUUUUUGUAAUAGUUGCUUCUUGUACUAAUAAUAACGUGAAUUUUGAUUUUUUUUUUAUUACAGAGAUGUAAUUAAAUUUUUAUUAUUUGACAUGCCAAUGAAUAUUUUAAUCAAUGCAUUUGAUUGAUUGAAGUCAAAGUCCAAGCUAGCUCAACUUUCUAAAAUUAAAUUAAAAAAACACAUAAAAAGUUCAUGUUAGCUCUGCUCCUUGAAAGUAAAAGUUCUACUAGUAGAUCAUUAAAUUGGUAAGUUAUUCUUUCCAAAAUCACUAGCUAUGUUUGAAAUGAAAAAAAUAAAUAAAUAAAUAAAAAUAAAAAAAAUUCACUAGCUAUGUCAAAAUCCAAGGCAAUUAAUGAG